AUGAAUGGAAAUUGGUAUUCGUGGUCAACAGGUUCAACUCCAAACGAUUAUGUUUUGGCAUGGCGUCAUACUUAUGAUAUAUUAUUAAACAAAGGUAUAGAUGCAACAAGACUUCAAUGGGUUUGGAGUGUAAAUCGUAAAGACUAUGGUCAAUAUACUGCAGAAGAAUAUUGGGUUGGAGAAAAUUAUACACAUUGGCUAGGAAUUAAUGGAUUUAAUGGGGGUUCAAGUGCAAAUUGGAGUAAAUGGGAAUGGCCAAAUGAAAUUCUUGAUAAUAUGAUGGGUCGGUUAUACAAGUUAUCAUCAACAAAACCGAUGUCUCUGAAUGCAUAUGCAACAGUCGGUGUACGAACAGGAAAUACUACAGAUGUGCAGUCAAAAAACGAAUGGCUGCGCCAAAUGUGUGAUUAUAUAAAUAACAAUAACAUUAAAAUGGCAUCUUAUAAUAAUGUUGAUGGACCUAACCAGGAUAAUAUGAUAUUUGGUGGUACACACGGUGACGUAAUUUGGAAUAAUUUUAAGGCAUAUUCAGCCUAUCGAAACUGUUUACAGUCUAAUGAUUGGAUAGAACCAAACAUUACUAAUCCAAGACUUAUUACUGAUGAACAAUUUGCUGAUGUUACUGUAAAUAAUCUUAAUAAAAUUCUUUCACAAGAUUCAAGGAACGAAAUCAAAGUGGAAAAAAUACCAGGAACACCUGAUUACAAUGUGUUUCUACCUUGUCAAGUUACGCUUAACUUUGCUUGGGCAAAUGUAGGAAAUUCAAAAAAUCCGCUUUCUCAUAUUCUUCACAACUUUGAUAUGGAUAUUUGUCAAGUAGCCUUCACCGGGGAUAAAGUCGUUUCAACAUUUCCAUUCUUACAAGCACUUGCAACAAAAUCGUUUAUUGUUUACAGUCUUCAUGCUCGUAGUUCAAAGCAUGUAUGCACACGUAUAGCAAAAUAUUGCCACCGAGGAUUCAAUCUUUUAGUAACCAUUGAUUUUGAUGGUGAUUUUGAUACAUUGAUGGCACAAGAAGAAAUUCCUUUGUAUCGAGUUGAACAUGUGCAAUAUAUUGGCGAUGACGAUGAAAUUCAACUUGCUACAAAAGAAUUUCGUCGAUCAUUUGUAGAUAAUAUUGAUACUUAUCGACUUCAAGAGAAAUUCAUGCAUAUGGUUUGUCCGCAAUUAUUGCACUAUACUUAA